GUGUGAGAAAACGCAAACUGUCAAAAGUUGUGCGUCCUCUCGGUUUUUCAGCGAUAAAAAUUUGUUUACGUUUUUUCUCCAGCAAAAAAGCACAGAAAGAGUCAGUUUUUGUGGUGUGCUGUGGCCAGAAGUGCUCCCACUCGAGACGCACCAUCCCUCAGACGUCGUCCAGCGCGAAUAGACCGGUGAAUUCGAGAAUCUCCCAGCAAGAUGACCAAUCUGGAGCAGCAGCACGAGCUGGUGAAGACGAGCCUCUUUCAGUUCGUCAAUGCUCACAUUCCGGGCGCCGAUCUGAGUGUGGUGGACGAGAUCGUGCUGUCUUACGUCAUUUCGAUCCUCGAGGAGGCUUCGCAGGAUCCCUGCUUCGACGUGGAGGGCUUCGUGGAGAUGAUGUCGGCGUACAUCAGUGAUUUCUCGCGCAUUGAUCCCGGUGUGAUUUGCACCUGGAUUUUCCAGCUGGAGAGUCAGCUGAGCAAGCUCACGGCGACCACGGCCAAGGAUCCGUGCGAUUUGUCGCUCAACUCCCUGAAUCUGGCGGACAUUCUGCCGGAGACGAAGCUCAGGGCGCGCCCGCCGACAAUUCCGAGCGCCGAGGCGGCCGUGAAGAGGGUGCAGCAUCUCUCCGAGACGAGCGACGGCGGCUCCACGGACAGCUCCAGCUGCGACUUCUUCUCCGAGGAGUGCGACGCCCUGCAGGAGAUGUUCCCCGAGAGCACCUUCCUCGAGGUGAAGCACUGCGUGACGAUUGCGAGCGGCGACAUCGAUCGCGCCACGCAGAUUCUCCUGCAUCGCCAGGAGACGGGCCAGAGUCUGUCUGGGAACGGCACAAACAUCCAAGCGCCCAAGAGCCAGUCAAUUGACGAUGCUGAGCUUAAGAAUCGCAUCAUCGCCAGGUAUUCGUAUGUGGACAAGAACUCGGAGAAUCGCGAAUACAAGCCGGUGGCGCCGAAAGUGGAGCCCAAGAAGUUGGUGCGCUAUCGCGACAACAAGAUUGUGUCGCUGAAGGGUGAGCGCUACACCGAGGUAUGUGGUGAUGAUGAGGCUGAGUUGAAAAAACCAAAGAAACCAAUUUGUCCGUAACUAAGAUUGUUCACGUAUAAAAAACAGAAGCGUAAAUUGUCCAGUGUGCUUAUCACCUCACAAUUGCUUCCCAAAUGGGGCCCAUUUCACAUCCUCGGCCACUCUGUCCCUCCUAUGUUUCUGUUUUUUAUAUUGAACCAUCUUCUGUGGACGCCACAAGCGGGCGAGGGCGCUUGCUCGCGCGCGCUGUGUUCAGGUGUGCUGUACUUACUGAUAACCCUAAGUUUAUCCACCCACUCGACUAAGGGGGCGCCCACGGGGGCCCCCACAAUGUGUAGCGCGACGCCCAGGUGGCGUCCGGUUAAGUUAAUGAUGCAAUUACCAUUUCUGCAUGGUGGCGACUGUCUCAUGAGUGAAUACUUUAACAAUUAUAAUUACUUUAGUGUGUUCUGCCGAAGAACGUCAACAGUUACAAUUAUGCAUAUUGUAUUAGUUAUUUCAAUUAAUUAUUUAUUAGUUAAUGCAAAUCUAGCGUCUAUGUAUUAUUCCAAUUGGACAUUGUUGUGAUAUUAGGACUAUACUGUGACGAAAGAUCAACUUUUCUUGUGGGAAUCUCAAUUUAAGGGGGCUCAGAGUCACCUCAGAGGUGUCGAGUAUACAUUUUUCGUGUGUCCCCGCAUUAGAAAAACCAUCUAGUCAUUCAUAAAAGACGUUUGUCUCCUCCCUCUCAAAAGCUCAAUAUGCAGUCUGAUCAGGCUUUGAUUGGGAGCUUUUACGAUGCAAUUUUUUUUCUACUUUUGAGUCUUCUCGUGAAUCUCAGAGAUGCUAAAGUCCGUUGUGACUUUGCAUCUCGAAAUCUCUGUUCAUUCUGUCAGUCAGAGUUUGAUCAGAUUGCGCAUUGAUUGACCUCGUAAUGAUACCAGUACAAAGAUAUUUUUGUUUCCAAUUGAUUCAUCCUUAUUUUUCAUUCAUCUUCCCCUUGACGAAUGUGCCAAUCAUAUAUUCUUUUUUAUUAUUGUUUAUUUAAAAAGAAUAACAAAGUCUCCAACAACCCUCGAGUGUGUUCCAACGACGAGUAGCGUUGAUUCCUAGAAAAAAAAAAACAAAGCAACCAUGACUUGAUACAGGAAAAACAAGGACGAUAUGAAAUCCUACCAUUGACAACCAAUUGAGCAGUAUGGCCCUAAUAUAACAUGUAUAAUUUUAGUUCCUCUCUGUAGUAAUAUCUUUUUUUUCAACCCCCGUUUAUCUCGACAGAGUAAGAUGGCAGAGAAAAAAAAUAGGAUAACAAGUGCACAUGAAUUUAUUUGCAAGUAGAAAGAGCGAAAAAAGGU